AUGGCUUUGCUACGCAAACAGAUUGAAGAGAAUAUCCCUCAAAUACUUCAUAAUGAAGACUGGCGCACGCCGUCGGCGGCUCCCAGGCUCCCACACGAAAUACUCCUCGUCAUCUUCAGAGCUGCCCGUGCACCACGCUAUCUGCGCGCCCCAUCUGUCAAUGCUUGCCACGGCUCCAACAGCACAUGGCUCUCCGAGCUGCGCGUACGCAAAGCCCUCAUGUUGGUCUGCAAGGGAUGGUCCGACGUGGCGACGGAGCUAUUCUACGAAGACAUCGUGCUCCGACGGAUGGGUCAAAUCAUUGCGCUUGCGGACAUUCUUACGACCAAUCACGGUUCGCAACGGGACCUCGCGAUGCUUGUGAAGAGCAUUCGUCUGGAUACGUGCAUCGUCCUAGGGCCAUGUGCUGACGCCGUCCGCGAUGCUUUUACAUCCAUCCUAUCGCUGUGCAUAGCGCUUCGGGCUUUCGAAUAUCAUACAGCCAAGAGCUUCCCAACAACACUUACGCUACCUCCGGGAGACUCUGCCGGCGCAUUCAACCCAAGCUGGUUUGUCGAAGACGGUCCUGAGGCCUUCCAGCUUGCCUUUCGGGAGCGAGUGUCGAUGCUCACAUCGCUGGACCUCGCAAUGCGUCUAUCGCACAAGCAAGUCGCGCACCUACACAGGCUUCUCUCCACCGCAACAUGCCUCGAAAUUCUGAAAGUGGGCCAGGUGUACCACGUGGAGCACGAAGGAGAUCAUCUCGACUCGCUGCCGGUCCUACACCUCCCAAAACUGAAGGCGCUCUAUCUUCCCGUCAUCGAACCCCGCUUUGUCGCCUAUGUGUCCACGAAUUGGGUCAUCCCCUGCUUGAAGCAACUGACGACUCUCUUCUCAUCCGAGACCUUCAAGCCCCGCACGCUCCUUGCGGCCCACGGCGCCCGUCUCGUCUACCUGCAUCUCUAUCCGAAGAGGGACCUGGACCUCGCGAUCUGCAACGAGGAUCUCGCGCGUGUGGUCGAGUUGUGCCCCGUCGUGGAACACCUCGUGCUGGGCCUACCGAUUGCUAUGUUCAAACACAGGUCAAAACUGUCCGCAUUCUGCGCCCUGUCCGCCGCUCUCCGAUAUCUAGAUAUAUGGACGUGGGGGCAUGCGUUCCACAGUCCCCGCCGAUACAAGUUCCCUACAGCCGUUGCAGUCCACGUGAGGUACUUGAACCGGAGGCUCCCCUUCGUUGACCUCCCAACGAUCUGCGAUCCAAGGAUUCAUCUAGAGGGCGAUGAAACGCGUAUAGUCGACUUUCCUUGGACUCAGGCCGCCUGGUCCAAAUACUGCGUUUUCCCCGUGAUCACUCCACAUUCAGUUGCAAAAGCAAUCAGUGACGAGGACGCCAACGCAGACGAGUGGAGCGAAUACAACCCGGAACGCGAAGAGACUGACUCCGACAACACCGACGACACAGACCAGUCCACCCGGGAGGAUGCGAGCGCCUUACUCUUGGAGGAGCGGGGGUAUGUCGACGGAAGCGAAGAGGAAGAGGACGAGGCUGACGAGAACGACCAAGACAAGUUGGACGAAGACGUCGACGACUCCGAGGGCGUUUCAGAACGCGAGUCGGACUAUCGGGAUGCCGGCCAAUAA